AUGGAGGCUUCAUCUAUCAGAGUUGGGAUACUGGAAAUUCAAGGUGGCUUCUCUGAGCAUCGGACUGCCAUACUGAAGGCUGCCGAGACACUAGGAAUGAAAGAAAAAAUAGAAAUCCUUUCUGUUCGUAAAGCAGCAGACAUAUCUCCUGCACUGUCUGGUCUGAUCAUCCCAGGCGGGGAGAGUACCACAAUGGGGUUGUUCAUCUCAAGAAAUAAUAUGGCAUCUUCACUCCAAGAAUGGAUACAGGAUGAAAAACAUAUUACGUGGGGCACUUGUGCAGGUCUCAUUAUGUUGGCUAAUGAGACAGAAAAACAGAAGAUUGGCGGUCAACCCUUGAUUGGUGGACUUGACAUUGUUGUUUCUCGAAAUUACUUUGGACGGCAAGUGAACAGUUUCCAAGAAAAAGUGAAGAUUAUGGAUAAAAGCCUUUUCUCAGAAGCAAAUAUACCCGACCAUUUUGAAGGUGUCUUUAUCCGAGCCCCUGCUGUGGUUAAAGUGACUAGUCCGAAAGUGACCACCCUAGCUGUCCUUUCGCAAUCAUGCAGUGAUAACCCAGGCGUUAUUGUAGCUGUACGACAGAAAAACAUUCUUGGAACUGCAUUCCAUCCAGAACUGACAGAAGACUUACGAUGGCAUAGCUAUUUCUUAAAAAUGAUUGCAUCUGUCCAAGUCGAUUGA